AUGGCCACUAACCACGAGUCCACCCAGCCCGUCUGCCAGAACUGCCAGACCAGCACAACGCCGCUAUGGCGUCGCGACGAGAUGGGUUCUGUUCUCUGCAACGCCUGCGGUCUGUUUCUCAAGUUGCACGGUCGCCCGAGACCCAUUUCUCUCAAGACCGAUGUCAUCAAGAGCCGCAACCGCGUCAAGACGGUGCGCCCCGAUAUGCAGAUGAAGAAGAAGAGCCUUCCUGCUACCGCCGUCGAUCCUAAUGGCCUCAACAUGCAUGCGCACGAUGCUGCGACUGCUGCAGCUCUCGCCGCUGUCCGACGCACCUCGCAACACAAGCUAAACGGUCACCCUGACGACUCUCCCGUCUCGCGCACCGGCACACCUGGCAUGUAUGAUCCGAACCUGGCCAUGUAUACCAACGGCGUCGACGGACACCAGUAUCAAUCACCAGGCUUGCCCCAGUACUCGAUGCCCACCGGAGGCUCUCCUGGUCACGACGCAUCGGCUGCAAACGGCGAUGCCCACCCUGAUGUGACUGAAACCCGCGAGCAGUUGAUUGCCACCAACUCCAGUCUCAAGACGCGCGUCAGCGAACUCGAGGUCAUCAACGAGUUGUAUCGCGGCCGUCUAACCCAGCUCGAGACAGAUUCACAAAACGCCGACAAUGUGCGCCACCAAGCAGAGGAAGCCUUGAAGGCCGAGGCUCACGAGCGCCAACUGCGUGAAGACUUGCAGCGCAGGCAGGAUGAGACACAGCGCCAACUAGAUGACAGCCAUCGCCGCGAGAACAUCUUCAAGCGCAGACUGGACGAGAUGGAGCAAGAGCUCAAGGAUGCCCAGGAUAAGAUCAAGCAUCUUGAAGAGGUCGCUGCUGCUGCUGCCGUCGCCGCUGCUGCCGCCAACGCCGAUGCUGAUGCCGAGCGCCCUGCUAAGAAGCCUCGUCUCGAAGAGGAACCCAAGAAGGAGGAGACGGAAUCUGCUCCGACACCUCAGUCGACCUCUUGA